GCGCGCAUGGUGGAGUCUUGAGCCAUGGAGCCGGGUCAGUUUCAGUGUGUGUAGGACCCGAGGGAGAUUUUAUUUUAACAAUGAGACUCACCGGCAUUUUACUGUAAACACUGUAACGACGAAACAAGGAUCUGGAAACGUAAGAGACAGCCGCUUUACACACGUGCGCUGCUGCAUCCUACAUUGUGUGACAGAAUCAUGCAGGUGUCUGUGAGGAGGCUGGCGCUGCACCCGCUGGCUUUGGCCCAGUGUGGACGACUCGGGGGUGCUGUCCCGAGACCUGCACCCCGCCUUCUGAUCCCCGGCACGCGCACACUGUUCAGUGACACGGGAGUAUGGGAGAAGGACUAUCGAACAGAAACGAGACGAAAAGUAGAGCAGUGGUGGCACCCUCGCAUCAUGGAGCAGUGGCGGAGGGACACGCUGGAGGAGGGUUCCCGCAGGAAGAAGUUUUAUGUCCUCUCCAUGUUUCCAUACCCAUCGGGGCGCCUCCACAUGGGCCAUGUGCGUGUGUACACCAUCAGUGACACGAUUGGCCACUUCCAGAGAAUGAGAGGGCAUCAGGUGCUGAACCCGAUGGGCUGGGAUGCCUUUGGACUUCCAGCAGAGAACGCAGCCAUUGAGAGAGGUCUCGACCCAGAGGAAUGGACUAAAAGUAACAUCCAGGCCAUGCGGGAGCAGCUAGACAGCCUGGGGCUUUGCUUUAACUGGGACCGGGAAGUGACCACUUGUCUUCCGGACUACUACAGGUGGACCCAGUACCUGUUUGUCAAGCUCUUCAAAGCAGGACUGGCCUAUCAGAAAGAGGCCGUGGUGAACUGGGACCCUGUGGACCAGACAGUGCUGGCUGAUGAGCAGGUGGAUGAAAACGGUCGCUCCUGGAGGUCUGGCGCUCUCGUGGAACAGAAGCUGCUCAGACAAUGGUUCAUCAAGACCACAAACUAUGCCAAGCCCCUCCUGGACGCCCUGUCAGACCUCCCAGAGUGGUACGGGGUCAAAGCCAUGCAAGCAAACUGGAUCGGAGACUGCACCGGCUGCUACUUUGACUUCAGCCUCAAGGUGAACAGUGAGGAGACGGGGGAGACCCUGGCAGCGCACACCUCCUCUCCAGAGGCUGUGUUUGGUGCAGCUUACCUGGCCAUCCUGCCCUCCCACAGACUGCUGCAUGGCACCAGCUCCGUCCGCUCCGCCCUGGAGAAACACUUCCAGCCCGGCAGAGACUCCCUCACCGAGGUCACCGCCCGCAACCUGCUCACCGGCCACGAGAUUCCCCUGGUCAUCUCACAGAAGGAGGCGUUCGACGGCCAUCUCGACACUGUGAUCGGUAUCCCGGACAGCAGUGAGCAGGACCUGUCUGUGGCGAGAGCUCUGGGGCUGAAGUGGACCACCGUGCUGAAAAGCCAGGAUGACGGCACACACACUCUGAUCAACUCUGAGGAGUUCACAGGCCUCAGCAGAGAGCAGGCGUUUCACUCCAUCACCCAGAAGGCCAGAGAGCAAAAAGUGGGCGGCCACCUCACCAGCUCCAAGCUCAGGGAUUGGUUGAUAUCAAGGCAGCGGUACUGGGGCACACCCAUCCCCGUGGUGCAUUGUGGGUCUUGCGGUCCAGUGGCAGUCCCUGAGGAGGAGCUCCCUGUCACCCUGCCGAAGCUGCCCUCCCUGACAGGAAAGGGGGCGUCUCCUCUGGAGGCUGCUCAUGACUGGGUCAGCUGCCGGUGUCCCAGAUGCAAAGGUCCAGCGAGGAGAGAGACUGACACCAUGGACACAUUUGUGGACUCAGCCUGGUAUUACUUUAGAUACACAGACCCUCAUAACCCAGACAGACCUUUCGAGCGCCCCUUAGCAGAUCACUGGCUGCCUGUGGAUGUUUACAUCGGAGGGAAGGAGCACGCUGUCAUGCACUUGUACUACGCCCGCUUCCUCUCCCACUUCUGCAGGGACCAGGGUCUUGUGGCUCACAGAGAGCCCUUUAGGAAGCUGCUGGUCCAGGGUCUGAUCAAGGGCCAGACUUUCAGACUGGCAGACAGCGGCCAGUACGUGAAGAGAGAAGACAUAGACUUCACAGGUGAGGAGCCGGUGCCGCUGGGAGGCGGGCGUCUCGAGGUGACAUGGGAGAAGAUGAGUAAGUCAAAACACAACGGACUCGACCCCCAGGAGGUGGUGCAGCAGUACGGCAUCGACACGGUCCGGCUCUACAUCCUUUACGCCGCGCCGCCUGAACAGGACAUCCUGUGGAAUGCCAAGACGGACGCCCUCCCCGGGGUGCUGCGAUGGCAGUCUCGCCUGUGGCAGCUGGUGACCAAGCUGAGAGGGGCUCGGCAGCUUGGAGACGUCCCCAACCCCUCCCUGCUCAAGAAAAAAGAGCAGACAGAGGCCCGCAAGAUCUGGGACAACAAGAACUACGCCAUCGAACAGGUCACAGCUCACUUCACAGGGGACUUCCUUUUUAACGCAGCCAUUUCUCGUCUUAUGGGACUUACCAAUACACUGACUAGUGCAACAGUCAGGGUGGUGCAGCACAGUGCAGAGUUUGAGGAAGCUCUGGCUACGCUGGUUUUGAUGACAGCACCCAUGGCCCCUCACCUCACUUCUGAACUUUGGGCAGGUCUUUGCCAGGUGAAAAACCCCCUCAGCCCCCUCCUCUCGCGGGGUGGAGAUGUCCUGCAGCAGCCUUGGCCAACCGUGGACCCAGAGUACCUUGAGGUCCCCGACUUUGUGGAGCUGGCCAUACGGAUCAACAACAAGGUGUGCGGGACUGUGACAGUGCCUCGGCAGAUGUCUCAAGACGCUGAGCAGGUACAGCGGCUGGUUCUGGAGAGCCAGCUUGGACAGGAGCUGCUGGGUGAGCGCAGCAUCAAGCGAGCCAUCCUCUCACCCAGGACUGCCCUCAUCAACUUCCUGAUAGAUGAGUGAUGCCAGUGGAGCCGGCGCAGUUUUUGUAGCUAUUGUAUGUUUGCCAAUUUCUGUCAGUGACCGAGCACAGAGGGAUAAACAAGGAGAUGUUGAUGUUUUUAUGUCACAAGUUCAAAUGGGAUGAAAGAGUGGAUGUCUGUUUGUAUAAAAUGCCAUCAAUGAAAUGUAAAUAUAAUAAAAUGAACAUUUUAUUUAUAUUUUUUGAUUGUCAUAAGUUUAAUUUUUGAAAUGAAACAUUAAGUAUCUACAUUUUUUUUAAUACAGAACAAACCUGUCUAUUGAGAUGUAGCGCCUGUCUCUUUUACAACAUCCUCCAUGUUACAGUCAAAUCCUCAAUGAUUGGAUGUAGGUCUGGAGAAUAUAUCGCUAUUUGAGUAUUGCAAUAGGAGACUUGACAUUGUCUUCUAACUGUUCUAUCAUUUGCCUCUACCUGCUUAGUCAUCACUGCUAAUGAUUGUUAAUCAACAGACUCUUGUGUGUAAAUAUCUUAUGAAAGUGCCUGUAACCUACAAUACCACCAUAGCCCCCAGCCCUGACUGGAUGUAAGCCCACACACUUGAGGUUCCAGUCAUCAUUCAGAUACAUCUGUUCUCCUGUAACACCACUUAAAGCAUCGUGCCAUGCUCGACAUUCAGACCCACAGCUUCACACCUCACUGUCUGACAUGCCUGCAUGCCCUGUGUCUCGACUGACUCGCUCAGCCGUGAUCCUGCCUUAUCAGUGUUUGCCGCCGCCUCUGUUUGUCCCUUUCAGCCGUCAAGCUCUUUUAAACACUAUACAUGGACUGCUGUGUGCUUACCCAACACAACGGGGCUGUUUCAAUACAACGUGAUGGUCUGCUUGGCCUCUCAGCUUGCUGUUGUUCUGGGUUCGUCGCCAUCAGAUCCUCUGUUGGAAGGCACUGAAGAGCCUAAUGUGUUUGGUAGGGACUUAUUAACUCACCAGCACAUCAUCAUUGUUCUCCAUCUCUGUUCUGUUUUGUGUAAUCCAGCUGCAGUGCUGUGCCUCACCGCUGCCAGUACCUAUUCAUUAGCUUAAUGUCAGUGAACACACUGGCUGAAAACUCGAACUACAUGUGCGUACAAGUUGCCCCUCUCAAUUUUGGGCCAAAAUGAGUCAGCCAUUAGCAUUAUCAUGGAAGACCAUUAAUGCCAACAGCACUGGAAAGUAUCUUUGUAUACACCCACCGGCCUUUCUGUGAAAACUGAGUGAGUAAGCAGCAGUUUAUCUGAUACACACCCGUGAUAGUCCUUCAUGAUUUGCAGUGUCUCUUAACACAGCUGUUCUAGCAGUGUCUACUGUGUUGUACAGUGUCACUUCACUGUGAAUGAUUAAUGCAGAUUGUAAUCUCUUUGAAGCUAAUACAGGAGGAUAUGCGUUACGGCCUGAAAAGAAGUAUCAGUUCAGUGGGUGUGCCAGCUUCCCCAUGAGAAAAUGCUUUCAUACUUCAUGAUCAGGUUGUGACUACUAAAAUAAUGCGGGAUCACGUAUGAAUAAUGCAGGGCUUGAAUUGGUUUCGACACUGAAAUCAAGAAAAAUGUGGAGGCGCCAGGGAAAGGAAGCCUUCCUUGCUGAACCCCCUAAUCUUUUUUCCAUAUUUCUAUGCUCUAUCUAUGACCAUCAGGUGACAGGAAAUAGGUCAGAGGAGAGACAGAAUAACAGGAAGAGAAACCACGAAUAAUGCGAGGGGGCAAAGAGCCAUGGCUCUGUUAACUAUGUGCUCUAUUGUCUCCCUCCUUUGUGAUGGUUUUAUGAAAGUAUAACCUGAAAGAGCAAACAGACACUCUUUCUACAUCCACUAGUCACUGCUACCUCUCAAAGAGGAAAAUGUGUUUGUGAGCUCUCGAGAGGGAUACAGACACAUUUUUUUAAAUCUUGUAUCAACUAAUCUCUGUUGUGUGUGACAUGUUUUGUUUCACACUCUUAGGCCACUGCGUGAAACAGAAAAGAUUCAUGGGAGGUGGUUGUGAACACCUGAUCCCAUUCACUUUGUGUUACUGCUGCAGAUUUUUUUCUCACCUCCCUUUUCACUUUCUUUGCCAAACACAAUACCAAAUAAACGAGCCUGAACUUGAACUGACUUUAACAAUAUUUCUGAUGGUCUUUGAUCGCAGAAGUUGCUGUAUCAUGUAAAACAGGAGUGCUGUAGACCUUUUUUUUUUACAGGGGGUCAGACAUAACAAUGUUCUCCUGGCUAAUUUCACUUUAUUUUGGAAUAAAUAGCUCAGCUGUGGGUAUUAGAACAGCAAUGCUGGUAAAAUAAAGUCUGAUAUGUAAUGGUGCAUUUCCUGUACUAAUUAAUUUGGUCACGGAUAGCCCCUGAAGUCAUUUGACACUUUCGUCAGCUCUGCAGUUUCCAUGACGACUAGGAUUAUUGAAUAGGCAACAGUAUUCCUCUGUGACUCACUUUCCGUUCAGACCACAGCCUUCGUAGUCCCUACCCUGGAGAUGUACAGCAUGAAUUCACUUUGAUGAGUUUAAAAAUCACCCCUUUCCUCUUGAGAAACUCAUCUGGUGGAAACGAGGGUGGAGUACACAGCGCUGUCACAGUCGCCCUCCAUUGCACAAUGCAAGUCCCUGGACUGGUCCUCGUUUUCACAGGAGGACACAAUAAUGCCAGGCCUCAUUAUCAUGGAGACUGACCUCAAGACUGGCAAUUUGCUCAUCCAUGGAUAUAUUUUCUGUGAGGUCACUGAAAAAAGAUUUUCACUAGUCUUUUAAUUGUUUUGAGGAUUAAACUAAGCGCUUGGUAUUUAUGUGAAUGAACCACGCUUGCCAAAGUUAUUCAAUUGUUUACCUCUCCAUAGUAACAGGCAUCUAGGCUGAUGGAUGCUGGAGAGCCUACAGCCCUGAGUAAGUGUAUAAGCCUAUGGUUUCUACAAAUCCACUCACAAGCGUGUAAUACAUUUUGAUGUAAAGGGUUGUAUGUAAAUAUUUGUAUGCAUGUAUGGUACUUAAAAUACUUUGUGUUGUGCACAAUACUAUGUACAAAAUUAUUAGUGACAAUGUGCUGACAUUUUCAAGGCAGGGAAAUAAAAGAUAAAUGUAUCA